AUGUCAGGCAGUCAGUUGACGUCAGAAGAGUUAAUUGUACUGCAAGGAAACAUCAUUUCAAAAAGCUAUAGACCUGGAUAUGUGGUCCUGUCGUACUUUAUCAGUUGUCUCGGUGCUUUCACAACAUUGGAGAUUAUGAUGAGGCGCACAGCCUCGAAUGGCUGGUACAACUGUUUUCUGAUUCUCGCAGCCUCAAUAUCCAUGGGAGGUAUAGCUACUUGGUGUAUGCAUUUCGUUGGAGACUGUGCUGUUGUGCUCGGACUUGGACAACCCCAGAUACAAAUAAUCUUUGGCUCUGGAUUCACGGUGAUAUCAAUCUUCAUACCCAUAAUCAUCCAGUUAAUUGCCCUGUGGAUAGCUGGGUCCAAUGAAGCAAGCAUCCCUCGCUCCAUUCUGGGUGGUGUGCUCGCUGGUCUUGGAGCAUGCGGCAUGCAUUAUCUUGGCCAAUACGGAAUUGUGAACUACGACAGCAUAUUCGAUGUUGGAUACCUUGUUGGCGCAGCGGCACUUGCGAUUGCUGCCAGUGUGCUAUCUCUCCUGUCUUUCUUUAUGCUACGUGCUCAUUGGCAUGCCUCUUGGUGGAAGCGAGCCCUCUGCGCAGUCUUGCUGGCCAGCGGUAUAUCUGGCAUGCACUGGCUUAAUUCUAUUGGAACAACCUACCGACUCAAGGGAUGGGACAAAGAUUUAUCCGAUAAUAUCUCCAGGAGCACAUCUAUCGUUUGCUGCACAACUUUGAUUUUCCUAACUCUACUCGAGCAAUCACGUAUGUUAAGAGCGGCAAGAAGAGCAGAGCAAGUGGUCCUAGCAGCUGCCAUCUUUGAUGAUCAGGGGAGACUAUGCGUCACACACGAAGGCUUCCUGCCCAGACAGAAAAUAGCAAACUCGUGGUUCGAACGGUCUAUGGAUGACGUCUUUGGUAUUGCUCACCCCGUGUUUCAAUGGAUUUUUAGGGCAAGCCAUAACUGGGGCGCGAUUUCACACCUCAUUCCUGGGAUGAGGCGUCACCUACUUCGCACCGGCAUAAAGGCUCGUAUGGGCUCCCUAGAUGACAAUACCCUUUUCAAUGAAGAGGGAACACCGAUAAAAGACUAUUCAAUUGUGUUUCGGGAACUCUUCUGUGUCGCAGCUGCCGAGCUUGCUGCCGAGCUCCACCUGCCGGUUGAGAGGUUGGGCGUUCUCUACGACGAAAUGGUGAUCACCGGACUCGGAGCAAAAGCACUGGAUAAGAGCCACAAAAGCGUUACCACCAUAGCCAGCUCACUGAUAGAUCUCGAAAGAGAAGGCAAAGAGGGAUCUUCGCUUGGCAAAGGUCAGCUCCUGUUCCUUGUCAGCAGGGUCGAGAGACUCGAAGCAAGCAAGCUUGAAGCUGUUGGCUUUCGAUUUGCUCAACCUGAAAGUGUCAUCACAAUUAUCGCGAAUAGCCUCCGAAUGGGGCCUCGAAGUUUAUCCCGUCGUCUGGAUGUCAUGCGCUCAUACUACACCGACCAUCACAUUCUGGAGCCGGGUGUUCAUCUUGGAUGUUGUGGUAUUCGUGCAUCGCUUGCAGUUGGGAGGCGUGGAUUCGACAUACUUGUAAGACGCGAUGCCAAGAACCAACUUCCAACCAUGCAAGCCCCAUUUGACACUCUGGAGCCUUGGCAUAUUGAAUACCUCAAAGGUAUGGACUCGAAGCCGGUUUCGGUGGUGGGGAAGCAGCUCUACAAGGACUCAAAACCGAGUAACAAGAAUCCCCAGGAGCGCCAACUGGCAAAGAACUUACUAAGAACACUUGAAAACCUCAAAGAAGAGAUUGAAGAUCCUUUAUUCAACGAUGCUAUGCUGAUCUCCCAGCCUUUCAGCAUACCUUGCCGUGGAAAGGACAGCAAUUCACUACCCGGAAUCGCUUCGCUAAUCGCCUUUAGAAUAAUCCUACCACUUCACAGUCGAGCUCCAGGAAGGAAACUGACCUUUACACCACUGAAUCUUUUCAAGACACAGCAGCGAGUGUACGAAAAUUCUCCAGAUCAUGCUUACUUUAGCAAAAGCGUCUAUAGAGAAUUCGUGCCGCUGCUUGACCUUGCGCGGUCUAAUACACCAGACUAUUUCAAUGCUGAACACAAUUCAAUCCACUCUACCGGAGGGAGAGGUUCGACGGCUACAAGAAAUAGCCGUAAUGAUGUCGUGAUGGGAGAACAUAUCGAUAUGUACGGAAACUUGCUGCCGGAGCCCUCCACCCAGCCAUAUCGCGGCCCCUCGAAAAUUAGAUUCUGGGACAGACCGCGAUCUGUAUCUAGAAGCAGAGGCGAGAACUCUUCUGGCCAAUUUUUGGAAACGUCUGAUUCUAAAGACAAUGAUCACCUCAAUCCCGGUCAGCACGUCAAAGCAGGUGAUGACUCAGGUUCCCAACGUCGUUCUAGCGUAGGUAGUUCACAACGUAGCCCAGCACAACCAUUGACUUCAACGCCACCGGUCGCCCUCUCCUACUACUUGAUACCAAGCACAGAAAUACAGAGUGUGGGGCCGAAGGAGCAAUUGACAAGCCCAGCUCUCAAAACACCCAAAGGUCCUGAUGACGAAUCGCCAGUGUACAUUGAUGAGUUGUUUGCGUUGACUGUUGCCAAGCGGAAAGUAUGAUGCACAUUGGGCCAGUUUGUUACUAGGAGGGGUAGAGAUUGUUGUCCUUUGGAUACACGAGAGAC